AUGACGGAUAAAAUUUUGAAAUUUGAAAAGACCAAAUUUAAAUGUAAGUAAAAUUGUUGUUAAUUUUGCUCAAUUCUUUCUAAAUUAAGUAAUACUUUGGUUACAGUAAAAUUCUCUAACGAACUCUUUACGUUCAAACUCCUGGAAGGUGCAGAAGAUGCUGAUGAGCUUUUACGAAAGUGGACUAUUGCUCAUGAAAAGAAGGCCAGUUUGUUGCCGAGGUAGGUAGUUGACGUUGUUACUGUUCAAAAGCAUUUAUGUUGACAAUAUCUUCUACCAGCUCAUAUAAUGUUACAUAUUCUAGAAAAAAGUUUGUACGAUGGGCAUACGAGCAAAGUCUUCACCGUAACACGAUCAAUUCUAUCUUGAGGGAGAGCUGGAAUGAUGACAUGGGUUUUGCGGUCAGUUUACAUCUCAUCUUCUCACUUUAUCGCAUUUCAGAGAGUAUGGUUCUGGCUGAUAAAACAACCUGAAUUCCAAGGACAUUCUCAGAAUCCGGAGCCCAAGUUAGAAAAGUUUCCUCGAGAUUCAUUCGUACGUACAGCUUGUGAAGAGAUUUUGGAAUGGUUUUGGGCCGCGGAAAAGUUGGCUUUGAUUCGUUUGUAUUCUGGAAAGUACAAGGAAGAUGACAAUGAACGAGAACGUAGAGUUGAAAGUAAGAUAUGCCACUUAAUUUACGUUUUUUACUUUUAGAAUCUCGAGGAACUGGUACAACCAAGCUUGUACGACCAAGUACUGCCGUUUCUUUAUCGAAUUUGGCCAGGUUCAGAAUUCGACGGUAUUUUGAAGAACGGUAAGUUAUACUGUAGACAAAAUGACGUACUCUGAUACCUAAUAUGACAUACCUAAUAUAAAUUUUGAAUAUUUUAGGGAAGGAGUACUUUUUAACAACUCAUGGUUGACAAGCGCGACUACAGUAACCUCUCAUACGAUCAGAAACAAAAUUUUGUCAUUAAUGAUAGCAUUUCACAAAGGAAUCGACGAAGGUUUAGUACCGUAUCUUCCAAUCAAGAAGAAAAGAGCUACAGAAAUUACAUUGAGUCAAGAAUGUACGAAAAGUGCUCAUCAGUCUAUCAAAGCUUACAUUGAGACUCUACAGAAUGCGGUAAGAGGUUCUUACUGUAAAAUGUCAGCUUUUAUAUUGUGUUACCUACAAUUCAGUUAUAGUCAUCAUUUGUAAUGUUGACUGUAUCCCAAAUUAUGACUAUUAUUGUUUUUACCUUGUUCAAGUUUUGUGAUAUUAUAGUAGUCAAAAAUAUCAAAGUAGACGUAAAAACAGUAUAAUUUCAGAAAAGCGUAAUAAAAGUGGAAUGUAAGGCUCAAGAAAGAAAGUUGAAUAUAUCUCUGGACAAGCUCAAAGAUGACUUGAAAGCACCUAUUCUGGAGUUGGCUAGGAAUGAGAGGAUUCGAAUGACAGGUGAAGAAAUCACAUUUUACACUGAUGAGAUUCUGAAGUUGGUCGAUAAAAGUAACGAAGAGUUCCAAAGAAAUCCGACUGUUGAACAGUUUGCUUCUCUUAUUCAUAAUGAACCGGUAGGCCAUUUGAAUUGGAUACUGGAGUUUCUAUGACAUUUUAGUUCAACAAAAUAGUUUUGAUACCUUUAAGUGGCCUUUUGUACCCUAAAGUAAUGAGAUAUUAUUACCGUAAAGUAACGAAAUAUUGUCAUCUUCAGAUUCCUCAAAAUGCUGCAGAAACGUACCUAAUUGAACGAUUUCUGACGUCUCGAGAGAACCUCAUCAAGCUGUCGAAAGGACCAAAAGUAAUCGAAGUCAACUGUUUCUCGAUUGAAAUGGCCAAAGUAUGGAGUGUGCUUGAAGACCGUGCCCAUACUGUAAUUAUGAAGUGUUCAAGACAAGUUAGAGAAAGCUUUCAUGAGUAAGUUCAUAUUGGUAUUGAUCUGUGAGGCAAGGAAAAUAGCAUGGUUUUGGUAUCGGACGCUUAUAUGAUUUUAAGGUUGCAAUAAGGUGUGGAUAGAUAGUUAUGUUACUUUAUAGUUCGGUCUCAUCGCUACAAAAGGAGUUCAACAAGUUUAAGAAGGUGCUUAGCUUCCGGUCGAUGGAUCCUACAACAAUGUUGAAAAACAAGGUGAACAUUGAUAUAUUAUUGUAAAACCAUUAUACAAUAGAGGCUACUGCGGAAAUUGUUAUUGUAACAACCAUGUUGCUAUGCUGCAAUUGUUUUUAGCCCAAUUUUAUACAAUUUACACAUAUACAAUCGUAUUUUACGUAAAAUUAAACUUUUUAGGCAGAAGUAAUGGAAAUCACCCAGUUUGAUCUCCCACGAGCUGUUAAUUCUCUUGUUGAAGCCUAUGACAGAAUGCAUCGGCUUACUCAAGUAAUCCAGUUUGAUCCAACUGAGCACGACUACCUGAUUAAUGUGGCACUGACAAGAAGAGCGUUACCUAGACAUAUUGCUGAUCACAACAUGUUCUUCCAACGACGACUGCAUAUCUUUGCUCAUUUUGUUAGGGUAAGAACUGUAUUUUAGUUAAGUAAUGAGUACUGUACUUUAGCUAAGCUAAUCGUAAUCAAAUCAAAAAUUAAAAUUUAAGAUACUAUUUUGCUAUAUCUAUAACAAUAUAUUACAUAUGUAAGAUAUAUGAUAUUUUUUCAGAAGCGUGAAGAAGCGAUAAAACAAGCUACCGAAUCAGCCAUGGCGCAAUUGAAAGUUAUUCAUGGCUUCAUUGAUCCGCAAGAUGUUGAUCAAUAUUUAGUACAAAUGAAGGCUCUGAAGCCGAUGGUGAUGGAUCUACUGGUCGAAUUGAAGGAACUUAACGCGCAAGAGAAGGUAAUAUUAACUUCGAUUAGAAUGUUCUAUUGAUUUAAAAAAAACUGACGAAAUAUUUUUAGGUAGUUAAUUUCAAUGUGAUGCAUUUACCAGAACUCAGCUCGCUCGGAGAUCAAGUCAAUGUAUUGUGGUCACUGUUUGAGUGGUGCAAGCGUUUUCAUGAAUUUAGAUCGUAAGUUUAAUUACGUUAUUGUUGAGAUACCUUCCAUAACAACUAACAUGUGUACAUUUUAUGUAUUCUAGUUUUGAAUAAGUAAUAUGUUUCAGAGACUUCUUCAAACGCCGUCGCACUGAUAUUCGAGUAACCGACUGCCAAAACUUUGUAGAUUCAUUUUUUGAAAUUCUGGCGUCAAUCGGUCCAAAAAUCGAAAUUCAAAAAACCGCCAAAGCCUUUUCGAUGCAAUUGAAGACCGAGAUUGAGCAGUUCAGACAUCACAUUCCAGUACUGGAAGUAAUGUCAUGUCCUCGUCUCACUGAACGACAUUGGCAAAAGAUGUCAGACAUUGUUGGAUUCAAUUUGGCACAAUAUGCAAACGCAACUGUCGCUCAAAUAUGCGAACUGAACUUGAAUCUAUAUGUCAGCAAACUGAAGCCGAUAGCAUUUAUCGCUGAAAGAGAAGGAGCGAUCGCUGAUCAGGCCAACUUCAUCACUGAUUUUUGGGCAGAGGUAAGGUUUUUUAAAGUGAUAUGAUUGUAGUAAGAUGCCAAAGUGAUACUAUACUGCCAUAAUAUAGUGUAAAAGAUAAUAAUCUUACCUUUAGGCUUCAUUCGACAUGACAAUGACUGGAUUCUGGGGUAUUCAAAUACCGUCAAACCUUCAAACAUUACUCAAUUCGGCUCAAGAACAUAAUCAAAAGAUUCGAGCUUACCGUGAUCCAGAUGACAAAAGUUACACUAACCAGAGUUUAGACCAAUGGACGGAAGACCUCAGGAAGUUACUCUUGAUCCUGAGAAGUUGGAAUAAAGUGCUGGAGACUUGGAAGCGAUUAUCUGAAGUUAUGAAACAUUCAAGUCAAAAGAUUCUUGAAGAGUUCGAGGAAUUCAGAACGUGCUCCAAGUAUUUUAGGUAAAGUUUUCUUGCUAGAGGAAUAAUAGUGGAACGAAAAUUGUAAAAAUAAGUUUUUUUGUCAAUAAUUCGCGGAUUAUCGUAGGUAAAUCCAGGGCGCAACUGAAUGAGAUCUUUUGCAUGCUCCGGGGACAUUUUAUACGAAAAAUAAAUCAUUCAAAUAUGAAACGACUUUUUAAAUUCAGGUUUCAAUAUAUAAACAAACUUCAAAUUUGAACAAUUUCAGAAGACUAGCCCGCUAUGUAGACGAAGAACGAUAUGUGAUCAAAAUCAUCGAAGGUAAACACAUCGUAUGUUGGAUAGAACUGGCUCAAAAGCACCUGAAUAAGUGUGUGAAUGGAAUGGAACGGUAUCUUGUAGAUCUUCGUGGAAUCAGUCCAAGAAUAGCGUUGAUGUCCAAUGGAGAUCUGUUGAAGUUACUAUCGAUCAACGAUAUUGAUGAAGCUUUGGAAGUUUUGCAACGAGAAUGUUUCCCAUUGUUGGGGGAUCUGAUGGAAAAUGAUUCUAAACUUGUGGCUAUCAAUAUUGAAGGUAAAUUAUGGUUUAUCUGUAAUAUUUCUAGUUUUUUUAUUACGGUUUUAAAGGUGACUAAGGGAUGAAUCGAGCUUUGGUGUUUUUUCGAGAAUUUUAGAUAUAAAAUGUUUUUAGGUGAAAAGAUUCGCUUUGAUGGUAUACUAUCAACUGAACUUCUAUACGAUCAAGGUCCGAAGGAAUUUUGUGUAGCACUAUCUAAAACUUUGUCAAAAUUAAUCUUGCAGGUCAGUACAUAUUACAUUACCACACAUUCUUCAUGUUUGUAAAUUCUAUCGGUUUUCAUUGGUGUAGCUCAGAUAUCUACACAAAUAAAUGAUAGUUUAUUUUGCAGGAUUACGUACGGUUUACACAGCAUCGAAGUUUAAUGAAAUCUCAGUUCAGAGUGACACAUGUCAUCAACGACUUUAUAUUACACAUGAAUCCAGAAAGCGGUUUUAAGUAUAAUUACGACGUAAGUGAUUAAAACCAUUAGUCUAUUCAGUCCUUAAGUAAAAUACGUGAUGUAAAGGAACGAUAUUGGUAUAAUCUUUUAGUCGGAAAUCAAUCAACUUCAAAUCAUGUUGCGUGGAAACAACAUGGUGGUACCAUUGGCUCCAGACUACGUGCAUUCACUGAUACCUUUGGUAUUUACUGAGUAAGAAAUGUAAUUAAUUAAUUUUUUCUCAAUAUCUUUGUUUUACAUAACAUCUAGACAAUUGUUUGAAAGUAUUCAAUAAUGAUUUUAGCGCAUCUUUUACACAUAACUGGUCUUUGGGCAAGAUACCUAUAAUAACUGGACUAUUGAAUGAAUUAAGGUCUAGAGUACAAUCUUUAGCUAGAAAUAUGGUGAUAUCAGUGAGGUUUGUUAAUUGUCAUCCUAGCUUGGAAAACUCGGUUUUUGACAAAAUAAUCAAGGUGAGGUUGUUGAGGUAAAGCUAUAAAGUAUCUAUAAUACUGUUUUAUGUGCGAAAUAUUUAAAACUUUAAAAAAUAAAAUUGAAAAAAUGAAAAAUUAGUUUUAAUAUUUUAUGUUUUAGGCUUCCCAACAAACAGAAGUCUUAUUUGUGUUAGAAAACAUUGACCAACUAUCAGAUCCUCAACUAAACUAUCUUUUGUUGGCUAUCGACAGAAUCGAAAGAGAUUGUGCACGACUUAUUCUAUGUAGUACUAAUACUCAAUUCGCUACAAAGUUGAGUAAUCAUGUCAAGCUGUUUUUGUAUCAACAAACCCAUGAUAACAAAAAUGGUGCUGAUAAAUUGGCUGUUAAGAAUACUCCAGUUAAAAGAAGGAGAAGUUCUGUAGCUCCGCCGCAGGUUCAGCAACAGUCACAACAACAGGUGAGAGUUUAAUGACAUUAUAUGUAGUUGAUGACGUAGUGAAAGAAUGUAUUAUAUAUUCUUUUUACUUUAUGCUUUUAUUUAUUACCUAAAAUUAUUUUAAAAAUUAGAAGAGAUAUGUUGUUGUUUUAACCGUAUAACUUAUUGACUUUGACUUCAGAACCCAAAAGCCGAGCACGACAAGCCUUCGUCGAAAAAUCCAGAAGAAAUUAUGCACGAAGCCUUAUUUGGAGCAGAAUCCAUCAACUUCACCAUGUCUAAUGUCAAUUUUGCUUUAACAUGUUCAGGAGCAACAGCUAAAGAUGCCUUAAUUGAUUGUAUAAACAGGGUCAAUGCCAGAGCUACCUGGAUCUACUUUGAUGCUCUUGAACACGAUCAACUGAUUUCUGAAGAAGAUGAGUUUGGAGCUGAUAACCUGGGAUAUUUGAUACAGUCUUUGAGGAGUAUAAUGUCAGCAAAUGAGGACAAAAUUGAUGCUGGAGGUGUUUGUAAGUAGAAUUUUUAAAUUUAAUUGAAAGUUAUUUGUGUUUUACCUUGUUUACCUUAUCUUACCUCAUCUGGACUUUAACUAUUUGUUAAAAAAACUUCUUUGCCAUGGUUUAUGAGGUCUUUAUUUUUGUUCUUGUAAUCAACAUGUUGUCUGUUCAUCACUACUAUAAUAUAACUUUAGCUACCUCCCACUCGAACCGUGUAACAACAGCGAUCAGCCGUCUAAACACUGCCGGAACGACUGGAACAGACGAAGCAGCUUCACGCCGACAUUCUGUAGCGAUGAGACAUCCGAGAUACUUGAUAUUUUAUGGUAUUGAUCAACUACAAAAACAUUUUCCACAAAUCAGCACCUUGUUUUACUCUCACUCGCCUGGAGUUAUACCUGAAAUGCCACCCGGAUCGUAUCUUACUAUGACUGAUGGCAGUAACUUUUACGCCGCUAAGAAUAUACGAUUCGUUCUUUGUUUACCUAAUUUGGAUGUAGGUUUUAUGGCUUGAUGUAGUUUUGCUAGGAAUAUACUGCAAUUUGUAAUAGAUUAAUAGGAUAGUAGUAAUCUAUUUGUUAUAAUAUAGUUUUGAAAAUAACGUACUGUAACUUAUGGUGUCUACAAUGAUUCUCAAAAACUCUUGAAACAUUAAAUGAUCUAUCAUAACAUACUAUUUUAGAAGUCAGUAGACGAGUGGUUGAAAAGAUACGAAAUACGAACUAUAAAUUUACCAGAAGAGGCUAGACCAAACCAUGACGAACAGUGGAAUAAGUUUAAAUCUAGGCUGGACUUAAUAGUAAAAAGAUCAGAAUAUUUGGAAGUCAUUACGAAUACCAUUGAAAUACUUAUAUUACCUUUACUCAAGUUCUUCAAAGUUAUGCCUGUAAGUUAUAUCGACUUCAAAGGAGCAAUCUUUUAUGUCAAAGCUAACUAAAGUAGAGAUGUAGCAGAGUAAAAUUAUUUUAUUUUAUUGCUAUUGUAUAUGAGUAAUAUUGUUUUAGUUUUUGUUAUAUACUACGGUGUCUGCAAGCUUUAUUUUUCAGAGUUUUGUGUUUGAAAACAUGUUAUGGGGCCUAGAGAUUGAUCUAAAAGAAUAUACACCUCAAAUAACUACUGCAAAUUAUGGUGAAUUACUACGAUCGGUUACGGUACAAAGCUGCUUUAAUUAUGUUGUGAUAUAUCUUCAAGAUAGUGUAGUAGAAGCCAAUAAAUUUAUAGAAGAAAAGGCCAAUGACUGGGACAGGAACUCAUCAGACAUGGGCAAAUUACCCAAUCCUAUAGGACAGUUCAAACUUUCAACUACUGUAAGUUUUGUACUGUUAUUUGAGUACUAUAACCACUGUAAGGUAGAGUGCUAUAAUAUUAUUGUUAAAUGUGCAAAAAAAGCAAGCUUUUUUAAAAUUUUUGGUUUUAAAAAAAACGAGCUUGUUUGAAUUUUAAAAAUAUGUAUUUUAGGAACCUGGAUUUUGGGUGAAAUGGAACGACAACCUUCAAGUACGAUCGCUAUUGUCCAAGGAAUUGAGUUUAUCUCAAAUUUAUGUAAAUUUCAUUUCGAUGGAUCGAAUUUUCAUGGAAUUUGAAAAGGUUUUUGUUCACAGCGACAACAAUUUCAUUAUUACUGGGCCGAGGUACUGUGGCAAAAGUACUGCUAUCAAGGUAAAACAACUAGAUAUUAGGUUGUAUAAUAAUUUUGUGCCUUUCUCAAUUAAUUCUGUACCUCCUCUAAAAGCAAAUUUUCGGCGCUAGGGGGUUUAGUAUUAUUUUAACAACCUGAUAGAUUCGGUUUUGAAAGUUGUUGUUUUAUGUUUACAAUUGACGUCUUCAGCGAGUAGUCAAGUACUUGGACAUUUCUCAAACAGGCUACAAGUUUGUCUACAUGGAUUGCACCGAUCGGUUCUACUUAACAGCGAUGCAACAAAGAUUGGCUCAACUAUCAGCUGAUAAACAAGUUGUGAGUAAUGCUAACUGUUUCUUAAUGAAAAAUUAAAAUAACCCAUAUAUAUGUGUUACUGAACUUUUGGGGCGAGUAAUGACUCUUCGAUAUGUUUUAGUGUUUGAUUGUGGAUCAUUUUCAAUUUACUGAAACAUGUAAAGCUUUACUCGAAAUGUACAAUGAUCAAUCUAUGUUGGUAUAUCAGAACCAGCCGCAAAUGUGUACCACUAAACUGAAGGUAAAAUACUUGAUUAAAUUUGCCAUGUGAUACUCAUUCAACAGCUAAAACACUGGCAUCUUUUUCUUUGGAUCAUAGCUAUUUCAAUUAAAGUUUUUUUGUACGAAUUUUAACUUAACUUCAGUUUAUCUUAAUAAUGGAUACGGAAGAGUACGACAGAUGCUGUAAAUACGGCGGAUUCAGAAAGAAAUUUAAUGUCAUACCAAUGAAGCCACCGACAGUUGAUGAGCUUCGCUUUAUCUUCGAACAACUCUUGAUUUGGCAUUUAAAAACAAAGUAAUAUUAUAGUUUAAAUUUUUUUGGCAGUUUUUUACAAUUUAAUUAAAUAUUCUUUAGAACAUUUUCAUCAGAUUACCUUCAUCUAGCACCAGUGUUAAGCCUGGCUUCAGAAAAAUUGUUUAAAAUUGUGGGUAAAGUAAGUUUUACGCGGACUAAAAGCUUUAUGAAAAUUUUGGUUAUGUUAACUCUCUUUAAAAUAUUUUAUAUCACACUCACUUUUUAGCUAGAAACAGAGCUUUUGCCAAUAGUAAUAAGACUAGCCAAGUCGAUGAUGUUCGCUUUUCCUGAUAAUACUCCUGACCUCGACUCGAUGCAACGUUUAUGGUGCCACGAGAUUCUCCGAGCUACUGUCGACCGAGAAAUCGACGAACAGAAAAGAAAAGCAUUCUUUGGCUCAUUUGACACAGUACUAACUGAGACAUUGGGUACCACUUUGGAACGACUAUUCCCAUCAGUCAAAGGAGAAGAGACUGAGGAUGAUGAAGAUGAUUUCUAUGGGGUAUGGAUUAAGUUUUGUUGGAAAAUGUUUAGUUAGGCUUCGAUAGUUAAAGUCAUACUAUGAUUUCAGAAGAAAGAAGGGCAUUUGGAGCUGGUUGACUUCUCGUUAGAAUCUUUAUUGUACUCUGAAAUGGCUGGUCAAGAGACUAUGGAUGGCCUAAACUACCAAAUAAUUGCAAAACGAUCUGAUUUCAAUAAAACUUUGGAGAAUCUACACUUUGAAUACACUAAAAACCAUGAAGGUUUCAACAUUGAUCUAGUAAUCACUGAGUAAGACUUUGUUUAGGUACAUUAUGGCCAGAAAUAGUAUACAUAAGAGUUGAUUUUAGUCUAUCUAUUCAUAAUUGUUUUUAGUUUUGUCUCAAACCACGUCCAACGCCUUAUGCAUUUGUUCCGCCAACACAAUGAACAUGUUGUUCUUGGUGGGUAUUCUGGUUGUGGCAGAUCACAAUGUAUUAAAAUGGCAUCUUUCGGAGUUACCGGUCAGAUAUUCCAUUGCUUUUUGGACCCAACAACAGCUCAAAGUUUUGAAAAUUCGUGGAAAAUCGUACUGAUCAGAGCGAUCAACGUGUUGGUGACCGUGAAUCAUCCUGUUAUUGUCGUUUUUCAUUACGAUUAUUGUGUAAGGCGAUAUAUUAAUUUAACUUUUUGUUUCUACGUUAUCAACGACUCAACAGUCGGUAUACAUUAAAAUGAAAAUCAAGUGUGUACCGUAUUUUACAAAACCAAAUUUAAUUUUUAAGUUUAAUUUUAGAUAUCAAAAAUACCGAAAGAAUGGCUCCGAAUGUUGAAGCAGUGGCUACAGAACCCAGUAGUUGGAAAUCUGAUGAGUGACACAAUUGUCAUCAAAAUGGCCGAGAAAAUGAUUGAAAGCGAAAAAACCUUGGCUACAUUGGUACAGUCAUCUAAUAUACGACUACCUGGGUUCGUUUCAACAAUUUUUAUUGUAUUGCACUACUUGAUCAAAAAAUUUUUAGAAACAAUAAUUGUAAUAGAAUUACUACUUGUAAUAUUUGUAUUAUAUCUGUAGCCCUUUCUACAUUAUUUUUGAGCAAAAUGACAGUAUACGUUAGAUAUAACGAGAAGGUGUAUAAAUUUUUAGUGUAAAAUCGCUAUUUUAGCCAAAGAUACUGUCAAUUUUUGUCGUUUGAAGCCUUCAAAAACGUCGAUCUUCUACGGUCAACAUUAGAAGCCAGACUUGCCGACUUCUUGCACGGUGUCUUUUUAACACCUCCAGAAGUCGUGGAUGAGUUCGAAUGGUGCAGUGGAGAUCAAUAUACAGUAAGUUGUUAAAUUAUAUGACUAGGGUGACUAAAAAAGCAUUGCCAAAAAUAAUAGAUAUGAAAUUUGAGAUAAUACAAUGUAAAAUACGAGCCCGGUGAAUGGUUGUACCAAAUUUCUUUUAGACAGUGUCAAAAAGCGAAUGUCGCAAAAUAAUGGAAAAAACUAUUGCCGAAUGUUUGGCCGAAAAUAAGUCCAGACUAUGUGAAACUAUCGAGUUACUGUACGCAAACUGUAAAGACCUACUGUUAAAAUCAUCAUUUUCCUGUUUAAACUUGUUCAAAGACAGUAAAUUACUAUACGACAUAUGCAGACUUAGCGUCCGAUCGUAUAAUAAAAGAAACAGGUAGGUUUACUCAUUGGUAUGGUAUAUUAUUAGUAUAAAAAGUAAAAUACGUUGCAUUUUUUAUUGAAGCUAAAAUACUUUCAGUUUGAUCCAAAAACGAGUUGAACAUCUGGACAAUGCUCUCCAAACAACCCUCAGAAUCAAAGAAUUGAGUAUCAUUGGCUCCAACAAGUCACUGUUCGAGCUUCAGAAGAAGAAAGAAGACCAAGAUCUUGUGUUUGACUUUUUCAAGAAGCUGAUUGAAGAAAAUAAAAAAAAGAAAUCAGAAUUGGAGAACAAGCUCUCUGCCUUGGAGGUUGAUCUUCAAGGAGUACGAGGGAAACUGCUUCAGAAGACCACUAAGAUCAAUAUUGUUUUAGAAGAACCAGAAGCUGACUUUCAGGAUGCCUUGGCUGGAAUACUGAGUUACGAUUCUGAUGACUACAAGAAGUUGGCCAAUUUGAAACAACCAUCACUUGUUUUGAGAAGUGUCAUUGAAUGUGCGAGGAGAAUGGUGGAAAAGAACUAUAAAUCAGGCAAGGAUAACAUUGUUUUUGGAAACAUUAAUAUAAAACAUGAAUUUGUGGAUAAUUAAAUAUCUUAUAGAUUUUUUAAAAUUAUUGAUAAGAUGUUUUAAAACCAAUAAAAUCAGGUUUUCAAUUUCAAGCCCCUAUUUUCAGACAGAAACGUGAUUGAAGCCUGGAAGAAGUCAAGUAAAGUUAUCAUGAAACGCUCAUUCCAACAAAAAGUCAAAGACUUCCGACCAGACCAAAUAACAGUACAAAAGCUGAAAGACAUUACUAAAUCGACCGAUGCCAAAGACUUUAAACCAGCCAAGAUACACAUGGAAAACCCCUUGGGCGGUGACUUGGCCCAAUGGGUCUUGGCAUCAGUGAAUGUGGCCAAGUGUUACCGGUCGAUAAAAACGCAAAGAAAAGCGGUUGGUGAUACAGACAAGAUCGUGAAACACAAAGAAAAACUAUUGGCAGGCCUGACUGAAGAGUUGGCGUACCAAAACAGAAGAGCCAAGGCCUUGGAGAAGGAGUUAGAAACAGAACAAACUGCAGCUACAAAGCUGAAAAGACUCAUUUGCUACAGGGAAAGAGGAGAUUUGGUUCUGAAUUCGAUUGGAGGAAUGCAGAAUAAGUAAUAAUUCUUUAAAGGCUUUUAACAGUUUCUUGAGUGUAAAAUAUACUGAUAAGUCUUAUGUAAAAGUUUACAUUCACAGUCUUUAUUUUAACUUAUUAUACCUUUCAGAUGGAAAAAUAUGGUAACAUCAACAAAGUCUCGACUGGACAAUCUGUUGGGGAACUCCGUUUUUGUAGCCGCUUACAAAGUUUUGGCAUGUUCCCAAGACAAUGAAAUGAAAAAUGUAAAUUUUUUAUAAUUUUGAACAUUAAAACGAUAUGAUAGUAAUUUACUAUGUUUGUUGAAGUAUAUCUUACUAUUAUUAGCUUUGAGACAAACAAUUCCCUUUCAGAACAUAAUAAACAAAUGGAGAGGAGCCAUGCUACGAUAUAACUUAACAUACGAAGAAAGGUUCACAUCCAUCCAGACCCUAACUGUUGAACUGUUAAGGCAAGCACUAAAAUCACUGAUAAUUAUAUGAUUUUAUAUUUUAGGCAAGUAAACUGGAGAGACCCAUGGCCACUCAUCCAAAGCAGAAGACAAGAUAUUCUAACUGUGAUCAAGCUGUUUUACAAUGAUUGUAACACAGUCGACAUGAAGGAGCUCAAGUGGACAGAUCACGACCUACUGGACAAAGUUAUCAGAGCUUCGUAUUCUGACCAAUCAUUGGUAUGUGGGCUCAAAAUAGCAUUUUUUUGCUUGCAAAGGUUACAUUUUUACACUAUAAGAGAAUUUUACGUUGGAAUUUGUGCACUUUUAGAUAUUAUUCAACAUAAAAUCCUCACCUCCACCAUCUUGGUAUGAACUACUUCUACGAGAACCAGACAAAGAAAAGAGGACUGUCGAGCUAUUGGGAAUGUCUGUGAUGUUAAACGAAAACUUCAAGUUGAUAAUGCUAACAGAAAUGGAUUUUGUCAUGUUUGAUCAAGAAGUUCUUCGUUUGGCAAGUAUUACAAGUUAUAUUAAAACUAAAUCUACCAAAUCUUUACAAGCCUUUCUUACACAAUAUACUAAACAUUACAGAUAAACCCAAUGAAACUACACGAAGUGUUUGAUAUGAAGGAACAUCAAGGCUCGGAAACCCUAAUGUAAGUUAUUUUCAGUAAUCUCAAUAUUGUUUUAGGAGUGCGGAAGAAGAUCUACUCAAACUAUUUACCGAUUUCAACGCCAUUGACAUUCUGGAGUCGGAAGAAGUGACAAAUCAAGUGCUACAGACUAUUGACGGCAUUCCUAUGGCCAAUUCAUAA